GAAGCGGAAGAACGACAUUGACGCUACACCCACGAGGGGGUACAAAACGAAUUCCGAUUGUUCUCACAAGGCUGCAACCACUCUAUUUGUAACUGAACAAUGCCAGUUUAUAUGUAUCCUACAAUCGCAGCACCUGGACAUCGUUCUGUUGAUUAUGUCGCCCAAGGUCAGCCAGAACCAUCGUCCAGUAUCCAACAAGGUUCUGCUGUUAUACCUGGAGAAAUAGUAUUCUCUUCAAUCGCAAACCUUAUUACUGGUCACGGAACCUACCGAUCUGUUGUGAACACAGAUGAAAACGUGGCAAUUUCCGAUCCACACACACCUACAGGUGAUGCAAACAUCCCUGCCACCAAUAUACAUACUUCCCUUACUGGACGUGUGAGAAUUGUAAACAAACUUGUAUAUGUUGAACCACCGAAAGCACGGUAUUUGGGAAAUGUUGGGGAUACUGUGGUUGGACGUAUUGUGGAGGUUGACCAACGUCGCUGGCGUGUUGAUGUAAAUUCUGCUCUCCUGGCUAACUUAGCUUUGGCUAAUGUGAAACUGCCUGGAGGUGAACUCCGUCGAAAAUCGGAAGAUGAUGAACGAGCGAUGAGAUCUUUCAUGAAGGAGGGUGAUCUUAUUGUUGCUGAAGUCCACGAAGUUUACAAAGAUGGUACAUUACAACUUCAUAUGCCAGGUACUAGGACUGGUAAAUUGGGAGGUGGUUGUUUGUUGCAUAUUCCACCAAGUCUUAUCAAACGACAGAAAAUUCAUAGACAUCGUCUAGCAGUUCCACGAACUAAUACACUAGACAGUUGUUUGACAUCAGGAUCAAAUGAAGUUAUUUCUGUUGGUCUUAUCCUUGGCUGUAAUGGAUAUGUUUGGACAGGUCCUGCAAGAGCUAUGGAUAUUGGUCUUGGUUUAUCGGCACCAGUUGAAGCAGCUGAAAGUAUGACUGAUCAAACUGAAUUGUUAGCUGAACGUAUUGCAGUUUGUCGUGUACGCAAUUGUAUAUUGGCGCUGACACAUAACGGGAUGCCAGUAUGGGAAACAAGUGUGCUUAGUGCAUGUGAAGCCAGUUGGUUAGCUGACCAACAAAAUGAAGAUGAGGAUGAUGAAUAUCAAAUGGAAUUUGAGACUGAUAUCAGCAGUAACCUUUCAGGUAAAAAAGUUCAUAAUCGUAUUGCACGUCUUCUGCAUCCAGAAGUUGCUCAUCGUCUUGUUUCUCUUGUUCAAGCUAAAGUGAAGUCGAACUAUUAAUUCUGUACAGACCAGAAAAAAAAGUAUUUUGUACAUAAAAGGCUUAUAUUUUUAAUUAUUUUU